CAUUGAAAAUAAAAAUAUAUUUAUUAUUUAUUAAUCAUAAAUCGUUAAUUUAAACAAAUAUGACUGAAGAGUCCGUGCAAGGAUUUAAGAUUCUUCCGCUAGUUUUCUCUCAACAGAGUACAAGUUGGCACGAAAUAUUACUCAAGGAACACUCUGUAAGGCACCAAGACGAAUUAAAACCGCUCGGACAAACUCUAUUUAUCCUAAAUGUUCCCCCAUACGCAUGUGAAACAGGCCUAAGAAAUGCAUUCUCGAAUGUGGGCAAUAUAAAGCGAGUAAUCUUCGAAAACGCAGAAGAUCAAAGCGGUGAUGGUUUUAAACGAGUUUUCGUCGUUUUUAAUAAAAGAGAAUAUUUGUUGAAAGCGCUAAAAUUAACACAGUUAAAUCCCCUCUCAUCGGAUACUCAGCCUAUAAAGAUUGGCGUAGAGAAAUGGAUCGAGGACUACAAUCGAAGCAUAUGCGAUUCCGAACAACUACAACAAGAAGUAAACACGUAUAUGGCCCAAUAUGAUGAGAGUAAAAAGCAGAAACCCGAAGAAGUAGUGGACGAUGAAGGUUGGACUGUUGUAACAAAAGGUGGAAGGCGACCUGGUAUAUCUAGAAAAGAAAGCCUUGCAAACAAAUUGAACGAAAAAACACAAAAGUCCACCAAGAAGAAAGAAUUAAAGAACUUUUAUACCUUCCAAAUAAGGGAAUCCAAAAUGAAGAAUAUAGCUGUGCUUCGGAAGAAUUUCGAAGAGGCCAAGAAGAAAGUUGAACUAAUGAAACAAGCCAGAAAAUUCAAACCGUAUUGAAUUCUGUUUAUUAGUUUUAUGAAUUGUUGUUACUUUUAUAAUAAAAAGUUAUUAAAAAG